AUAAACAUUAAUUGCAAAAUCAAAAAUUGAACAUUGAAAAACACAUAAACAGAGAAAACAGUGAAACAAGUAGUGGCGAACAAAAACAAAGUGCUAAGAAGAACAUAAAUUCGCAAACAAAAAGAAAAAAAUUGUUAUAGUGGUGCAAAAUAACAGCAACCAUCUUCCACCGCAUCAGCUACCAUCGUCCAGCGCAGCAGCCAGCCACCGAAGCACCUGUUGAGACAGCUGUAGCGGAGCACCACCAGCAACCGAAACAACAACAACAACAGGCAGACGGAAACUUGGGCGCAGUAGCGACGGAAGGUACCGCAUAGCAGCAGGCCAGUCACCGGUACAGUAGACCACCACACGAAAAAAAAAGAGUUUGUACAUAGGAAUGCCAAAGACAAGUGAAGCAUCCAUGGAGCUCAGCAAAUGUCGCCUUUGUUGCCGCCCCCAUUCAUUGCGCUACUGUAAAGCUUUUCUCGCCAUGACGCCGGCUGAAAGGCAUGAGUCAGCCCGAGUACAUAAAUAUUGUGUAAACUGCCUGGCUACCUCCCAUGUCACCGGUGCCUGUGACUCUCCAGCCAGCUGUCAUCAGUGUGGUAGGGCGCACCACACGCUGCUACAUCGAACGCUGGCGAAGUCGUCAACGAUCCGACGUAGGGAGAGGACUCGCUAUGCUAGCCGUCGGACAAUUCGGCGUACUCGAGGUCUGCAAAGUCCCACCGCUGCCCGGAGUCGUAAAAUGCGUGAGCUGCUCAAUAAAGCGCAAGACAUCAUCAACCAGCUGAAGGAGCUAGUAUCCGCUUCUACGCGGCCGGCCGGGCGUGAUGUCGAAGACAUGGAUGAUGAUGAAUAAUUAGCUAAC